GGAGUGGGGGCUGCGCCCUCCCCAGGCGGCCGCGACGCGGGGGCCUCGGCCAUGCGGACCCGGGCGGCGGCGGCGGCGGCCCGCGGAUCAGAUUGAACUCAGUGAAUCAGCAAGAAUGGCUAAUGGAGUCAUCAACACCAUGAAGAAACACAGAGUCUUUUUCUUAGCUCGUGUGUAAGGGGGGGAAAAGGUUUAAAAAAGUCACUUGAGUGGUGCUUUCUGACCAAUGGAGAACUAUUUCCAAGCAGAGGCAUACAACCUGGACAAGGUUUUAGAUGAAUUUGAACAGAACGAAGAUGAGACAGUUUCUCCUGCAUUAUUGGAUAAAAAAUGGAAUCAGCUUCUAGACCCUCAUUUGCUGUCAUUUAGUCCAGAUCUGACCAGUGUGAAUGAAACAGCAAUUCCAAGUGAGUCGCAGCGGACACAGAAAACCUCCUCACGGGCUUGUUGUCCCCUCCUUCCAUCUGUGGAAGGAGGGGACCACUGUCCUAAUGGAAGAGAGAGUGUUUUAAAGCCAGAGACUUCCACCAUGUGCAUUGAAGAUCAGGCUUCUAUAGAAGAGCAGCUGAUGAAGAGCAGCAGUCACUGGGAUGAUCAGUGUGGUGUUGUGGACAGAGGAGAGGAGAAACUUGGGAAUAGAGACAGUCUCCCUGAAGAUAAAAACAUUCUUGUUGUAGCUGUCAUGCAUAAUUGUGACAAAAGGACUCUGCCAAGUGCCGAUUUACUGGAUUGUCAUGACUACAAUAGCCAUUCGCUGAUGGAUACUAUUAGCUUUACACUGGAUAAUGAAAACAGACAGAGUGAUCCCUUUAGUGUUACUAUCAAUGGGGCCGAUGAAAAAGACAUGAACACAGAGAAAUCAGGGGUCCACUUGAACCAGCUGCAUGCCCAGGCUGAUCCCGUUAGCCAAUUAUGUAAUGCUUCACCAGAGAGUCACUCUAAUGUCUGUUCCCUCUCUCAUUUAAAAGAUGAUAUUAAUACAAGUAGAGACCCUCCCGUUUUAGGAACUGCAAGUGGGGGGACCAGUGCAGUGACUUUAGCACAGAGAACAGCUGAAAGUCCUGCUGCUGAUGUGCAGGGGACAUGUAUACCCAUUGAGGCUUCUGCUGGGAAAACCUGCUGCCCCAGGACAGAUUUAGAGACUACAAAUUGUUUUACCCAUUUGAGGGAGCGGGUUUCAAUGGAAGAGGAAUCUCUAGAUGAGAGAACAGCUGGAGAACCCUUUCAGUCUGAGCUCCCUCUGUUCACUGACCCUACCCAGUUGAACGUGUCUGAAACAGGUGAUGGCUGUGAGCAGGUUUCCUGUGGGCUUUCCCCCAGUGAGCCCAGGAGAGAUGAAAGGGAAGAUUGUGAACUCGGACAGACUUUGGACACGGCAGAAUCACUCGGGACGGUGGGGCGCUUUUCAGUGUCAGAGGAAGUAACUCCUAAUGAAAUCAGUAGCAGCCCACCGAGUGGACAGAGUGAGAGGCUCCUGCCGAGGAGCCAGCCCGCGGAGGCUUGCAGUGACAGUGGGGAGAAUGGGGCAGAGUCAGGGAUCCUUCUAAAAGGAACGUGUAUAGAAGAGCUCGAGGGGUAUGGUUUCCCCGCUGUUCUGGAUGUGCCAGGAGCAAAUUCUCUGUCUAAUGGUUGUGAUUCCUAUGGAAUGCUAAACCCAGUUAUUGCUUGUAUUCCAAAGACUUUACCCUCCAAGGAAGAUUCAGUCACAGAGGAAAAGGAAAUUGAGGAAAGUAAAUCAGAAUGCUAUGGGAAUGUUUAUGAGCAAAGAGGAAAUGAGGCCCCAGAAGGGAAUGGGCUUGUCUUAAGCAGCACUAUUGACCAAAUGAAAAAAAACUAUGUUCGUAGUCUCGGUAGUCAGAUCCCAUCCGUUCAGGGGCAGUCGACCCCUCAAGCAGUAGCUAACGUGCCCCCCGUCAGUGUUCCCUUUGGCGGGGCCAGACCGAAGCAGCCCACCAAUCUCAAGCUGCAGAUUCCAAAGCCAUUGUCAGAACAUUUGCAGAAUGACCUCCCUGCUCAUGGCGGCACUCAUGCUAAAAACAAAAAUGAGGGGUUUGGGAAAGCAAAGUCAGGGGAAAACGCCAAAGCAGCCACGUUCCCUAAUGAGACGCUCAAUUCCUCCAUUGCCAACGCAAACGGGGACCUUGUGGAAGAGGACGAGGCUGUGGUCUCUAGUAGCCCGUGCCUUGCAGUGGCCUCCGACAGCCCUGAUAACGAUCUCAGAGCCAGUCAGUUUGGUGUUCCUACUAGGAAGCCGUUCACUACUCUGGGCGAGGUGGCUCCUGUGUGGGUCCCGGAUUCUCAGGCUCCGAACUGCAUGAAAUGUGAAGCCAGGUUCACCUUCACCAAGAGGAGGCAUCACUGCAGAGCAUGUGGAAAGGUUUUCUGUGCUGCAUGUUGUAGCCUGAAGUGCAAGUUGCUGUAUAUGGAGAGAAAGGAAGCUCGAGUAUGUGUGAUCUGCCAUUCUGUGCUCAUGAAUGCUCAAGCCUGGGAGAACAUGAUGAGUGCCUCAAGCCAGAGCCCUAACCCUAACAAUCCUGCUGAGUACUGUUCUACUAUCCCUCCCUUGCAGCAAGCUCAGGCCUCAGGAGCCCUGAGCUCUCCACCUCCCACUGUGAUGGUGCCUGUGGGAGUGUUAAAGCACCCCGGAGCAGAAGUGGCUCAGCCCCGAGAGCAAAGGCGAGUGUGGUUUGCCGAUGGGAUCUUGCCCAAUGGGGAAGUUGCUGAUGCGGCCAAAUUAACAGUGAGUGGUCCUUCCUCCACGGGAGCCUUGGCUGUGUCCCAUGACCCAGCCCAGCCAGUGAGCAGCAGCCCGCUGGCAGCAGAGACAGAUAUUUCUGCCUUCUCGGGGAGUAUAACUCAGGUGGGAAGUCCUGUUGGAAGUGCAAUGAACUUGAUUCCCGAAGAUGGUCUCCCUCCCAUCCUCAUUUCUACUGGGGUCAAAGGAGAUUAUGCUGUGGAGGAGCGCCCUUCCCAGAUCUCCGUAAUGCAGCAGCUGGAGGAUGGCGGCCCUGAUCCACUGGUGUUUGUUUUAAAUGCAAAUUUGCUGUCAAUGGUUAAAAUUGUUAAUUAUGUGAACAGGAAGUGCUGGUGUUUCACUACCAAGGGCAUGCAUGCCGUGGGACAGUCCGAGGUGGUGAUCCUUCUUCAGUGUUUGCCUGAUGAGAAAUGUCUGCCCAAGGACAUCUUCAGUCACUUUGUGCAGCUCUAUCGUGACGCACUGGCAGGGAAUGUUGUCAGCUGUUUGGGACACUCCUUCUUCAGCCAGAGUUUCCUGGGUAGCAAAGAACAUGGUGGAUUCUUGUAUGUCACAUCUACUUACCAGUCAUUGCAGGACCUGGUGCUCCCAACUCCACCAUACUUAUUUGGGAUCCUUAUCCAGAAGUGGGAAACUCCAUGGGCAAAAGUUUUCCCCAUCAGACUAAUGCUGAGGCUUGGAGCUGAAUAUAGACUUUAUCCAUGCCCUCUGUUUAGUGUCAGAUUUCGGAAGCCAUUGUUUGGAGAGACAGGACACACAAUUAUGAAUCUUCUUGCAGACUUUCGGAAUUACCAGUACACGCUGCCUGUGGUCCAGGGUCUGGUGGUUGACAUGGAAGUGAGGAAAACAAGCAUUAAAAUCCCCAGCAACAGAUACAAUGAGAUGAUGAAGGUCAUGAACAAGUCCAAUGAGCACGUGCUGGCCGGAGGAGCCUGCUUCAAUGAGAAGGCAGACUCCCACCUGGUGUGCGUCCAGAACGACGAUGGCAACUACCAGACUCAGGCUAUCAGCAUCCACAAUCAGCCGCGGAAGGUCACGGGUGCUGGUUUUUUUGUGUUCAGUGGAGCUCUGAAGGCCUCUUCUGGAUACCUUGCGAAGUCCAGCAUCGUAGAAGAUGGAGUCAUGGUUCAAAUAACGGCGGAAAAUAUGGACUCCUUGAGGCAAUCGCUGCGAGAGAUGAAGGACUUCACCAUCACCUGUGGGAAAGUGGACGCCGAGGAGCCUCAGGAGCACAUCCACAUUCAGUGGGUGGAUGAUGACAAAAACUUCAACAAAGGGGUGGUCAGUCCUAUCGAUGGGAAAUCCAUGGAGUCCAUAACCAGUGUGAAGAUAUUCCACGGCUCCGAGUACAAAGCGAAUGGAAAAGUCAUCAGGUGGACGGAGGUGUUCUUCCUGGAAAACGAAGACCAGCACAACGGCCUGAGCGACCCCGCGGAUCACAGCCGGCUGACGGAGCACGUGGCCAAGGCCUUCUGCCUCGCCCUCUGUCCCCACCUGAAGUUGCUCAAGGAGGAUGGAAUGACCCGACUGGGCCUGCGGGUCGCCCUGGACUCGGAACAGGUCGGCUACCAGGCCGGGAGUAACGGGCAGCCUCUGCCCGCCCAGUACAUGAAGGACUUGGACAGCGCCCUGGUGCCCGUGAUCCACGGGGGUGCCUGUCAGCUCAGCGAGGGGCCCCUGGUCAUGGAGCUCACCUUUUAUAUCCUGGAGAACAUCUCCUAAGAGACUGGUGCCCCACUCAUUUGCACUUUAAAACUGGAAGAGGAAGCUUUUGUUAACACUAAGGGGGGUGGGUUGGGGUGGGGGGAGGCGAGUUUCCCACAGUCCUCCUCUUCUCUGCAUCUUCUGAGAAGGGCAGGGCAGCUUCUCGGCUCCGCGCAGCUCCACGCGUCCCCGCAGCUAACCCACUUCUGCUCCUGCUUGGACGAGGGGACCCGGGUCCCGCGCCUCUGUUCAGACUUCUGGGGAGGGGGUGCAGGGGAGGAAAUAAAAGGUGAAACACAA